UCCUUCUUUAUCUCUGCCUCUCCUCCUCUUCUCCUUCUAUCUCUUAUCGUCUAUCUCUCCUCCCUCUCCUCCAUCAUCUCUCAUGGCUCUCGCUGUCCCCCGCCGCUCCGCCUCCCGCUCUCGUCGCGGCGUUUCCCCCGCUCCCGUCCACGCUCAUGAUCCACUCGCCUCCACUACGCUCGAUCACUCCGUCUCCCCCCUCGAGCUGCCCUCUUCCACCAUCUACUCGGCCUCCGCCCAGCUGCGCUUCCUAGCUGACUCUUCCGCUGCAAACGCUGAGCUCUUCUGGCAGCUCCAGUCCGAAGCCCGCCGCUCUUCGUUCUCCUCGACCUCUUCUUCCGCAUCUUCCCCCGCUUCUUCCGCCGCUCGCGCUACCGCCUCCACCGCUCCACCAUCCGCCGCCGCCCCCACCGCUCCCCCCGGCACCGCUCUCGUCUACAUCCACGCCGUCAGACCCACCGACACUCUUCCUUCGAUCCUGCUCACCUACAAGACAGACGCCGCUACAGUCAAAAAAACAAACCGGCUAUGGGCGAACGACGCCAUCCAGACCCGCGCCUCGCUCAUGCUUCCGACAGACAAGUGCGCAAUCCCUCUGCAGUGCCACCUCCGCGCCGAGAAAGGCCAGCUCAGUAACUUCAAGGGCGUCCCUGCCGGAUCGAGUCUGGUUGGCUGGGCCAUCGUCGACGGCGUCGGUCAGCACGUCGAGGUUUGCGCCGUACCCUGCGCGAGACUGGGCUACUUCCCCUCCCGCUCUGCCGUCUCGGUCGCGACUUCGGCGUCCGCCUCGUCUUCCCCUCGCAUUUCCGUCGACUCCAUCGCUGCCACGGACUGCACUACUGACAGCGACUCGUCUUCGAUCUCUACUGCUGAUCUGAACUACAAAGUCAGCUCGCCUAGUAUAGAGUCAGAGUCCCUGCCGUCAUCACAACAGCCGUCGGAAAAGCAGCCGUCACAGCCGCAGCAGUCGCUGUCCCCUUCCUGGUUCUCGAAAGUGGUCUGGGGAUUGGCUGGAACGAGCACCGGCUCUAGCGUCGUCAGCAUCGACAACAACAACAAGAGCCGCAGAGCUGUCUCGUCAGAGUCUGGAGGCGCCUCGACGCCCCGUGCUGGUCGGGACCGUGCCUCGCCACGCAUCGUGCCUGCUCAGGAGGAUUUCGAGAUGCUUCCCGAGGAGGAAUUAUAUAGAUAGUCUGUAAAGCCUUGUAUCAUUCCUUGUAUCUUUUUUUUUCACUUUUUGUUUCACUUGUAUCAUUUGUUUGGCGCUUUUUCUUUGGGCGUAUGUUUAUGGUCGUUUAUGGAUUGGAAAUGGAUAAAAAAACAUUCAUGGGGUUUGUUUUGGUUUUGUUCAUAUGUUCGACAUUGCAUUUUUUCUGUUUAUUUUGAUUGUAUUGUCAAUACUCCGCGUUUUCCGUUUGGAAGAGUUGUCACUCCAAUAUCUACCUACUAUUACAUACCAACACCACUAUGAAUCAACUUUACUCAUUGUAUUCUGUAGAUAGAUGCAUAUCAUACUACAUAAAAGCUACACAUAUAUUAUAUAUAUCGCAUAUUCUGCAAAACCACACAGGUUAACAGACAGAUUACGUUAUCAACGCGCGGAGUACGCGACUGUAGU